AUGCGGCGAGGCGACGCAUUAUCACAAGUGGACGCCCACACCUACGAAAUGGGUCACGAGUUUGACUUCUCAGCCACCAAAAGAGUCGCCCACGCCGGAAACAAAACAGGCCGAAAAUCGAUUGAAGCCUGGGCCUCGGAUGAGAACUCGGUCAAUCGAUUUAUCGAUCUGGCGCCGGCGUACAGAGCCCUUCGUAGUCACCUCCAGUCGUGCGACGUCGGUCGAUGAUUGGGCCUACGUGCCUUAUAACUGCCUCUUGUCCUGUUUCUGCCACUACCUCUGACGAUGGACUCCUGUACGAGUCUGAAAGCUCAGGAUAAUAAACGAAGUAUUCUGGUGCUCGACUUUUCUUCUUCACUUAUGCAUACACCUGGAACUCGAAAUUUCGCCUUUAUUCGUUAAUGAACAGCCUCUUCUAAAUGAUAUCUCCACGGCACCCGAACCAGAGACCUCAACAACAGCCAAGUCCACAAUGGUUAAUGCCGAAAGUACCCAAAACAGUUAGCAAUGCCCAGAAAACCUUUGGAUUGGAUGGGCCCAACACGGGUAGUGGUAAUGAGGUAAUUAUCGAAACUGCAGACCACCAUUCACCACCUUCAAAACCGCGAUAUAAUAUGUGUUCUUUUGUCGCCGUCUACUAUAUUUGGAGCAGCAGACCCCCGCCUCCGGCGAUACAUCAAUCAGUAAUACGAACGAUAUCACCAGAGAACAAUGUCUCGUUAUCCAGGGGCUCCAUGAAUCAAACGUCAACACAACUAAAGAGUGGGUUUUGGAGGAUCAAACGCUUUUCCAAGGCUUUCUAAAUAAUAUCUUGGAACCCGCUGAGGCAAUUGAAAUGCUGAAAGCCAUCCGACUCGAGGGCGAACAAACAAUCAGCCAGAAGCAACACGUCCCCGACCUCUCAAAGUUGCGCCGGCCUGUAAGGAACAAGCCGGGUUGAUUCUCUCUCGACGGUUUAUAAUAAAAGGCACCAACGCCAGCGUCUUUUUUCAACCGGAUUACUCGCCAGUAGAGAGACACUGAAACGUCGUCUUCUUGUUCUAGAGCUGAAGAAGAGAAUCAGCGAAGGAGAACGCAAUUUGAUUAUCUACAACAACCAAAUCAGACAGCGUUCAAAGUUGUGCUGGACUGUUGAUUCUCUCUCGGUGCUUUAGAAUAAAAGGCACCAACCCCGGCGUCUUUUUUCAACCUGAUUACUCGCCAGUAGAGAGACACUGAAGAAGAGACGCAGCGAAGGAGAACGCAAUUUGAUUAUCUACAACAACCAUAUCAGACAGCGUUCACCAUUCUUUUUUUUGGACGAGCCCAGUUCGGAUGACAAUACAGCUAACAUGGUGUGCGAAAUUUCGAGACGCACCGAGACCACUUCGCCGACGGCCAUAAAUCGCCGACAGAAAGUCCUGUAAACAAAUGUGCAGGGCAUGUUAUUGAAAGUGGAUGAGCGAAACAUCCAUCUUUCAGAUCUAUCCCCAGAUGUAAUCUGACUUAGAGAACCUUGGUUGAAUCAACAGGUGGACAACCGUGAGUUAACUAUACCAGGAUACCAGUUGUUUAGACGAUACAUGCCAGGACGUAAGUGAGGAGGCGUGGUCACGUAUGUGAAACAUGGGCUCAUCGUUUCAGACAGAACAGACGAAUCUGCGCGUACUGCUGAGGAAAUUUGACUAACUGUAAAAGCACCAGGCUCACCAAGCCUCAACGUCCUGACAGUUUUCUGACCGCCUAGAAAUGACGAAACGUCUGGAAUCCACCAAAUCUGAUACAGUAAGUUGACUGUCCAAGCAGGAUUUCCUAAAUAAUUCACCUAGAAUCCACCAGACGACUAUUAGGUCCUCGUUAUUCAUAGAUGUUUUGGCAGAUUUUGAAAAAAACACAUUGAUCCAGCUGUGAAAAUCUCGGCACCUCGGCGGGAUUCAAAUCCACUUAAUAAGGGGAAUGGCUUUAGUACAGACAACGCUCUAUCCACUUGAGCUACGAGACCCCGCCGGACGACGCGAGUUUAAUCACAUGUGGGUCAAGUUAAAGGCCCAACCUACUACAACGUCUGGAAUCCACCGAAUCUGAUAGAGUAAGCUGAAUGCUGUUCUGAUUGUGGAUGCCGGUCUAUAAGCCACACCAAUCACAAAAUAUUUCAGGAUUCUUGACGCCGUCUCGGAAACAUUCUCCACAUAGGGGAUCGACAGCCAGAAUCUUGGCUUCUCACAAUCGACUGUCCAGAGUGGAAUUUCCUGAGACAAUUGCGUAUGAACGACUUCGGGUAACUGUUGUCUUCAAAUAGGGCAUUUAGGUAUUUUACCUCCUUCUUCCUGUCGUCUUCAUUGCUACAGUUAGUUUGGGCGCGUUGACAGAGGGUCCUGACACAACUGUUUCUGUGACCGAUGGGGUGGUUGCUUUUGAAGUGGAGGAUGCGCCUAGUGUUAGUUGCCUUACGGUAAACCGUCGCCCCCAUAUUCCCGUCUGCCAUUCUUGUAACUUGUACAUCAACGAAGGGCAACUGAUUGUGGGCUUCUUCCGCCGUGGUAAACUAGAGGUCGGGAAAAAUUGAAUUCAACAGUGCUUUUAAAGCCUGUACGACAUUUAUUUUUAUUAUGACAAAAGUGUCGUCGACAUAUUUAGCCCAGAACUUCAGCAGGUAAGAGGUUAAUAGUAGCUGCUUGAGCCUCUGUAAAACCGCCUCAGCAAUUAGUCCAGACAGAGGCGAGCCUGUCGGCGUUCCCUUCCUUUGUUCGUACACUUGGCCAUUAAAUGCGAAGAAAGUCUUGAGACACAAAUCCAGGAGCUCAAGUGCGUGCGUCCGCUUGAACUGAUGAUCGGUCUCGUCAUAUUUCUAUCCGAGAAGACUGUCGACGGUGUUGAUGGAACUCUUAACCGAGCCAUAUAACUACAUCCCGCCUACCAGGCGCUCCGCACACAGCUGAGUUCAGCCAGCCAGGAGGGGUGAAAGAAAUCACAUGGGGCCGACUGCCGACACGUGCGGAGGAAAGCGAAUGCGCCGACCGGAAGUCAGUUGACACUAUCUCACGAACGCACCCGCGACGCUGAAACCACCACACCGCAGCAGCAAUGGUAGACCGGUCCACCGUCUGACGUGGGGGAGGCCGAUGAGCACGCUGACUCAGCGGCGACCGCGACAGCCGCGAAAGGGGCGCAAGCCACACAAGUCCACCAAUGGUCGAAAUCAGAAAGGCCAGAACCAGCUAGCUGCAAAUAGGCCAGCCAACACACGUGCAUUGAGCGCGGUUAUAAUACGAGACAGGAGGCAAAGCUGAACAAAUCAAGGUCAGCAGGAAAAGCCAGCGAGUGACUCUGAUGAUGGAAACGAGAGAGUUUCCGAAACGUCAGUAAACGACAGUAAAUAAAACCUGCCUUAUGAAAUCGCCCUCACUUCUUCGUCUUCUUCGGGGGAUGAUAAACAUGAAAAUAUAUAUGGACCUUGAAUCUAAACGCAUACUUGAACACAAACUGGCAGUUAUAAGGCGAGACCACCUGUCUCAAAUGGCCACGAACACGCUACACACUGGACACACCUUUGCAUGAGACUAAACUCGCGUCGUCGGAGUUGCCCCUCUAAAAAGGCCGACAAUUUCUCGAAGCCAUGCGCUACGAUGAAUCAUGCAUCAAUCGAUACAUUGCGUUAGAUGUCACGUGCAAAAAUCUCAGGGAAAAGUGGAGGAGAAGAGAGCCAAUCAGUACCGAAUGACUCCCACGGCGGUCGCUUACUGUUGAAAAGGCCGGAGUGAUAUCGAUUUUCAGCAUGUUUGAAAUGUUAAUUGUUUUUUACACAUUUGCUCAAGUCUGACGACGACCUGGGGAACCAGCGUUAAAAAGUUACUUAGAAUGUGUUCCACUUUUUUCAAAGAACUUGCUUGCCUUCAAAAAAUAUUCCUAUAUGUAGAUUUAUUAGAAGAGGCGAUCUCGGGAACCAUGGUUUUAUCGUCCUAACGUUUCAAAAGCAGACAAGCUUUCAUCGUCUUCCGUAUAAUUAACACCGUGUUAACAUGACUGUUAUCCCUCACCCCGUCUAUGAAUACUGCGUGACGCCGUGCAAUACUCACCUCCAACGAUGAAACCUUGUCGGCUUUGGAAACGUCAGAACAAUAAAACCAUGGUUGCCGAGAUCGCCUCUACAUCUCAUUUAUGUACGGGGACUCGAAUAUUUGCUUCUAUCAGCAAUAUAUAUAUAUAUAUAGUGGUAGGGGGCGCUCACCGAUCGUUCAUACGGCACUCACUCGUUCCGUGGUGCCUUAAGGGCUCUCUCUCGAGCGUAACCAGCAGCCGCACAGCGGCGCAUGAUAUAUAGGCAGAAUGGUAUUACCGACAAAGUCAAGGGAGACUGGAAUGGCCAUUUCUGGCUUAUUAGCCGUCGUCAGCCAGCCAUACCCAAGCCCGAGGUGUGGAACACCGGAGCCUCGAACUCGCGACCUGUUGGAUUAGAAGUCCACUGCUCUACCCACCGGGCCUCGAGCCCGUUGCCCUGUCUGUGCCCCGUUGCCCGAUCAUUGAGCGCCCCCUACCACUGUAUAUUCCGAUCGAAAACCAACAGGGCAACGGGCUCGUGGCCCGGUGGGUAGAGGCGUGGACUUCUAAUCCAACAGGUCGCGAGUUCGAGGCUCGGGUGUUCCACACCUCGGGCUUGGGUAUGGCUGGCUGACGACGGCUAAUAAGCCAGAAAUGGCCAUUCCAGUCUCCCUUGUCUUUGUCGGUAAUACUAUUCUACCUAUAUAUCAUGCGCCGCUGGCGGUCAAUCUAAACCAUUACCGGUACACGAAAACGCAAAGCAAUUGCACAUAUUCUACUCAAAAUGCGACAGGGCGGACGAGCCAAACCGUAGUGGUACCUUGCUAUUCCCCUAAUAAUAAAUUCCUCGAAUCUGAAGGCCUUCAUUCUGUGGAAAUAAACAUACCCCUGAGAUGGAUGUCACUUGCGUAGCUCUAUGAAACACUAUUCUACGAUAGUGCCAACUUGCCUUUUUGGAGAUGAGAAGACGAUAUACUUUCCUCUAUUUGUUCCUCUUCCUCUUCCUCAAAAAAUAACUUCCCAGGACAGCAUUAAUAGCAUUCUGGGGGGUCUCAGCACUGCUGCUCUUUCGGCAGCUCAGAAUGAAACCGACUUCUUCGAUGAUGAGCGAUUUUUGUGCCUAAAGUCAGGUCGUCAAAAUAUCGUUCAAGGAAGAUCUGGAAUAUAUAAGAUAGAGAAGUUACAGCUCUGAUUUAAUAUGUCGCGAUAGGGUAAUUGAAUAAAGACUCAAUUGAAUUUCCUGUGAUCGAAGAGGAGCCCAAAAUACUGAAAUACGUUUUCGACUACGAAGGAUUACUUAAGCGGUGUUGUAAAAUUGAUUAUCCCGCGGCAUAAUCCUAUACUAUUUUGAAUGUGUUAGGCGUUCGGCUCUUGAAUGUGCUUAUUUUCGACCCUAUUCAUAAACCCACUCGGUAAAACGGUGAUUACAUAAGUAAUAUGCAUGUUUUUCAUUGAGUUUUGAUAGUCUUGUAAAUUCAGAAGUAUUUUGUAAAAACCAUGCAAAAGAACAUGGCAUCGUUCACCCUUUUGGUAGAAAAUCACAUUGUCUUUUCAUCUUAUAUUCUAAGAAAGGUUAUGUUUUGGUUCUAAAAAUGUUGCUAAUUAUGAUAUUUUUAGGAUCGUGCGAUGUCCACACAUACAACAUCGCACAUGUCCAUUUGCUUUUGGUCUUCAUGAAGUAUACGACACAGUCCACAUCCAUUGCAAAAUUUUCUGAACUCUAUAUGGUAUCUUCGUAGAGACACAGAGUAAUAUACGAUUUUCAUUAGGCGGAAAACAUGCACCAUGUAGACUGAAAUCGCCAAACCAUAGUGUUGACGGCUGAUUUGCCUCAAAAUUGUUUAGGAAUUAGGAAAACUUCCCAAAACCUAAGUCUGCACCUUGUUCAGGUAUAAACUGUGAAGACAAUAUGAUUUUCUAACAAACGGAAAAAAGAAAUACAUUGGAAUAUACAAGACCAACGAAAAUCCAUGUGAAAAAUGCAUGCAAAUUAAGUAGUCGUUUUCUACCGAGUGGGCUUCUACGUCGAAAAGAAGUACAUGCAAAAGCCUACAUACUGGCGCGUGAUUAUGCCGCAUGAUAAUCAAUUUAGAAUCCCAUUUGAGUAAUCCUUCUUAACCGAUAACGAAUUUCAGAAUUUCGGCCAACAUUUCAGGAGAUCGGUCAGGCACAGUAUUUAAUUUGAUGACGCUAUUUGUUGUUAAUUAGACUCUGCAAUCCACUAUAACAAAAUUAGUGGACCAUAGUGGAGUUCGGCCGCGGCGGCACAACUGAGCAGUCAUAUUUAUGGUGACACUUCUCGCACAGAGGGGGAGGGGCUAGAGAAGGUGCAGGGGAACCAAUUCGUCUGCUGGCUGACCGUGGUCGCAGACGCUAAACUCACGGUCGAAACAACACCACCACCAACUACAAAAACAACAAUACGCUCUCCCUCUUCCUCCUCCUGCCUCUUUUUCCUCGUCUGCAUCGUAUUCUUCUUUUUCUUCUCUCCCUCCUUCCCGCCGCCCCACUCGCCAGUCUGGCAGGUUGAGCCCGCCCACUCUGGCAGCCUGAAAUGUACGUUCCCUUUUAGAAAAUCCGAGGAGCGACCGACCGGAACGGAGGACAGCGCUAGUGGCUCGGGAACUGGCGCGCGAGACCCGGUUCUCCGAACAAGGUCAACUGGAGGAGAUGGGUGCCGGCUACACCUUACUCUGGAGCCGUCGCUCUAGGGCAGAGCGACGGAACGUGGGUGUCGCCUUCGCUAUCCGGAACGACAUCGUGGGACGAUUGCCCCGCCUGUCACCGGGUAUCAACGAUCGCCUGAUGAGCCACCGUCUGCCUCUCCUCAAAGCGAAAUUCGUCACCAUUAUCAGCGCCUACGCUCCGCCGGUGACCAACCCUGACGCUGCAAGAGACAAGUUUUACGAGGACCUGCACGCCCUCAUGGGUCUGUGUCAAAGUCGAACAGGUUGAUUGGCCUUAAUGACUUGGUGGCCGUUCGCGUCUCCUUGCCCUCCGCCUUUGUCGCGCUGCCUUCCUGUCCGCCUUACACUCCCUGUCAAGUCGCUGCUGAGAUGCGCGUGGCUUAUCACCAGCCUCGCGAGUGCUCCCGGCUAACGGACGCGGAGACAACGAAAAGCGCAAACACGCCCUGGGUCUCAGCACCUCGAAGGCGGACACAAACAACAACUGGCCUGGAGAGCGCGCUUGUGGCGAUUGCCCACAGAGCCUUUGUGCACCCACUUCCGGAACAGUAAAGGUUGUUCGACUCACUCCGUCCCCCCUGACUUUUGAUUGGGAAUCUUUGUCUUGUCGACUACACAACUUUUGACAAUAGGUGACUCCCUUGCGAACAGCCGUCCUUCUUCUUCCGAAUCUACGAUAAAUUCAGGCGUUUAUAAUGGACAAUUUUCCACCGGAAGUGUAGCAUAUUUUAGCACCCGACUUCGGCGUUCUUUCGGCCACGCAACUUACUCAGAUGGCCGAUCGGCACGGUUUUUCUAAACCAUUUAUUUCAGCACUCUCAACUUCCGCAAAUUCUCCUGCGUCUCCCAUUUUGCUCAGCAAGCUAGCCGAUGAUAUAGCUUCACUCCCCCCCCUCAUUUCGGAGUCAACCGAAGCCGUCCACCCUGCAUGUCCAGUUUUCACAUUCAGCACGUUCAAAGACAGCUGCCACCUGCCUGAUCACAUCAAGUUUGGUGUUAAAGCCCAUCGCUGCAUCUCCCCCUGUUCUUCAACUUCAAGCAGGGCAAACGGGUAAUACCGGUCGACCGGAAGGUCAGUGUAGCCAAUCUUCCCGACAGCUCUAACCAUGGUCGCACAUUUUACAUCCGCGACACCCGGAGUGGCAGACGUUCCUUGGUUGACACUGAUGCCCAGCUAAGUGUCAUUCCACCCACACCAGCUGAUCGUCAGUGCCCCAAUCCCAUUUUUUUCCUACAGGUCGUCAACACAUCACCGAUUACCACAUUUGGCACCUGCCCCCUCUCUCCGGACAUCGGUCUCCGGCGUCUUUUCCCCCGGGGGUCAUCGUCGUCUCUGACAUCCCCUGUGCCAUUCUCGGUGCAGAUUUCCUCGCCGCUUUCGAUCUUCCGGUCGACUGCCGUCAGUCAUGUCCACACGACAAGACCACCAACCUCACAGUCCUGGGUAUCAGUCAGUAUCAGUCAGUAUAUUUGGAGGAAACGACAGAAGCUCUAAAAACUCCAUUUAGAGGGUACAGAUAUAAGGUAAAAUAGUUAAAUUACAAAGCUUUUGCUUGUAGUUUUAGUACGGAGAAUUCAUAAAUCUAAUAAUGUAACAUAAAGGCGAAAGGAGUAUUAUAUUCGCGAAGUAAUUGCGAAAAUCUUUGUUCACCGCAUUCGGACUGUGAAAAUUUAAAUAUGGACUAAGUUUGACGCACAAAAUAGGACCUGUUGAAAUCCUGCUAGUAGUAUAUUUAUAGUCAUUUCAGUAAUCCAUUAGAUCAGGCUUCGGCAGUUCGGGUUGCCUUUUAGCAGGUAAGUAUCCAGUUGUCUCUUGAACAUGGUCACGAUAGGAGAAUAAACAACAAACUCCGGCAAAGAGUUCCAUUGGCGAAUGACCCUAUGUGAGAAAAAGGAGGAGCGUUGAUUUGUGUGGCACAGUUCCCUUUUAAGCUGGUAAUCAUGUCGUCUGAGAUUGGACUUGGGUGUCAUUUCAAAAAACGUUUCCCAGUCGACGUCCAGAUUAAGUCCUUUUACCAACUGGAACGUUGCUAUGAGGUCACCUCUGCCCUGCCUAUAGUGGAGGGACUAGAGGUUCAAGGCCGUCAGGCGCUGCUCGUACGUGAAGUAUUUGAGGCCAUGAACAGCCUUUGUAGCACGCCGUUGUACACCUUCAAGGAUAUCUAUAUCCUUCCGAAGCCACGGCCGCCAAGCCCGUACCGCAUAUUCCAGGUGCGGCCGAACAAAUGUCCGUAUACUUUGCCAAAGGCAUCUUUAUUUAAGUGUGUAAACGUUCUGCGUAUCGCCCUCAUAACGGGCAUUGCCCGCGCAGCGACUUUAGAACACUGCGUGGUGACGCUUAGAUCAUCUUUAAUGAAUACACCGAGAUCUUUUUGCACAUCUACGGUUUUAUGUGGUUGAUUGUCCAGGAGAUACUGUCCUGAAGGUGAAUUUGUUCUUCGCCUCGCUGAUACUACGUGCAUUACUGCACAUUUUUGACGUUGAAUUUCAUGCACCUUUUCUCGCUCCAUGCGUGCAAAUUCCCUACGUCCUCUUGUAGUAUCUUGACGUCACCUUCAUAUUUUAUCGCUCUCCAAAGUUUAAGAUCGUCUGCAAAGAGCGCUAUGUCCGAUUUCACCUCCAGUACUGGGUCAUUUACAUAGAUAAUGAAUAGGAGCGGCCCAAGAACUGACCCCUGUGGGACUGCACUUGUAACGGGUGCCCAUUCUGAGCAGUAGCCGCCCGUAGUGACUUGUUGUCGCCGUCCGUUUAGAAAAUCUUGAAUCCAGUUCAGAAGAUUUCCUCUUAUCCCUACUUCUGACAACUUUUGAAAUGUUCGCUCCCUUUUAGACAAUCCAUGGAGCGAGCGACCGGAACGGACGACAGCGAUAGUGGCUCGGGAACUGGCGCGCGAGACCCGGUUCUCCGAACAAGGUCAACUGGAGAAGAUGGGUGCCGGCUACACCUUACUCUGGAGCGGUCGCUCUAGGGCAGAGCGACGGAACGUGGGUGUCGCCUUCGCUAUCCGGAACGACAUCGUGGGACGAUUGCCCCGUCUGCCACAGGGCAUCAACGAUUGCCUGAUGAGCCACCGUCUGCCUCUCCGCAAAGCGAAAUUCGUCACCAUCAUCAGCGCCUACGCUCCGCCGGUGACCAACCCUGACGCCGUAAGAGACAAGUUUUACGAGGACCCGCACGCCUUCCUGGGUCUGUGUCAAUGGCGAACAGGUUGAUUGGCCUUAAUGACUUGGUGGCCGUUCGCGUCUCCUUGCCCUCCUCCUCUGUCACGCUGCAUUUCUGUCCGCCUCACACUCCCUGUCAAGUCGCUGCUGAGAUGCGCGUGGCUUGUCACUAGCCUCGCGAGUGCUCCCGGCUAACGGACGCGGAGACAACGAAAAGCGCAAACACGCCCUGGGUCUCAGCACCUCGAAGGCGGACACAAACAACAACUGGCCUGGAGAGCGCGCUUGUGGCGAUUGCCCACAGAGCCUUUGUGCACCCACUUCCGGAACAGUAAAGGUCGUCCGACUCACUCCGUCCUCUCUGACUUUUGAUUGGUAAUCUUUGUCUUGCUUGUCUUCCUUGCUGCGAAACACUUCCGGCACCUUUUGAGAACAGGAACUUCACUAUCUUCACGGUUAGCAAGCCCCUUUUCUUCGCUCUCAAGCCCACGUCUGAUAAGCUCAAACCCCGGGAGAUUCGCCAACUGGAUUACAUCUCACAGUUUACCUGAGACAUCUGCCACAUCGACGGGUCACGCAAUGAGGUGGCUGACGCACUGUACAGGCCCUCCAUUGUUCAUCUUCAGCUUUCACCCGGGAUAGACCUCGCUGAGAUGGCCGCUGAACAACGCCGUGUCGUUUCACCCUGUGAUGAGGAUGUUUCCAGACUUUAACUUCAGGAACUACCACUAAUAACUGGGAACGACAGCAUUUUAUGUGACGUAUCCACCCCUUUCCAUCUUACGUUCGUGCCACCAUCCCUCCGUCGCAAUGUCUUCUUCUCCUUGCACAAUCUUUCUUACCCUGGCAGUCGAGCUACCAACAAGGUGGUUUCCGACCGCUCCGUCUGACCUGGAAUGUACAAGGAUCUGAAAGCAUAGACACGGGCGUGUCUCGACUGUCAACGGAAUAAGGUGCAGCGGCACAACAAAGCUCCCAUUGGCACCUUCCCUACUUCGGACGCACGGUUCGGUCACGUUCACCUGGACAUCGCAGGCCCCCUGCCUCUUUCCAAUGGCUGUUCCUAUUUCCUUACCUGCAUGGAUCGAUUCAUCCGGUGACUGGAAGCUAUUCUCCUGCCUGCCGUUGCUGCACCAAUGGUCGUUAAAGCUUUUCUCAGUCGUUGGGUUGCCAUUUUCGGUGUUCUCUCCACUAUCACGACUGACCGCGGUGCCAAAUUUCAAUCUAAUUUCUUCCAGUCUCUUCUCUUCUUUUUGGCUGUACUCGCAUUCGCAUUACAGCCUAUGAUCCGACAGCCAAUGGGAUAGUCGAGCGGUUUCACCGUCAGCUGAAGGCCUCCCUACGCACCGCGGCCGAUGCGGAGAACUGGACGGACCACCUCCCCUUAUUCCUGCUGGGCAUUUGCUAUUUCCUCAUAUCGGACGUUGACUGUUUUGCUGCCGAACUCGUGUUUGGUGCAACCGUCCGACAUCCCGGUCAGAUGAUCUCGCCAACCUCGCUAGUUGCAUUUAAGAAUCCUACCAACCUCCUGCAUCGCCUUCGGCAAUUCAUGCGGACAAUUUCCCCGGUUUCGCCCAGGCCAUCUAACUCCGACUCUUACCUCGAAAAAGACUUUGCGGCAUGCUCUGAUUUGAUCGAGUCCGCCGGCCCCUGGAAUCACCCUACGACGGCCCCAUCCGAGUUAUCUCUCGUGGGACGAAGAACUUCCGCAUCCACCACAGAACUCGCGAGGAGGUCGUGA